CUUUCAUGACACAUAAACGGCAAUAUUAUUCACUUCUGUGAUGUUUGAGCGCGCGCGCGCGGAAUCUGACGGUGUGUUGAGCGCGCGCGGCGUCUCGCGCAGCAGAAACAAACGAUCGAGAUCCUUUUUUAACACAGACACAUGUUCCAUUUUCAGUCUUUUGACGAUGACUGCACCCUGGAGGAGGAGGAAGGGUUGGUAGAGGAAGAAGAUGAAAUUGACCAGUUCAAUGAUGACACUUUCGGUGCGGGUGCAAUCGAUGAUGAUUGGCAGGAGGAGCAUGCCCGCCUCGCAGAGCUUGAUGAGCUGGUACGAGACGAGGUGCAUGGAGCAGGUGACGACGCCUCUGUUGAUCUCCCUCUCGGUGGCAGCGAUGCCCACUCGUCGGCCCAUCAUCCACCCUCCUCUUCCUCCCGGCUUUACCCUAACAUAGAUGAACGGGGUGGUGACCUUGCGGAGUCACUGACUCACCUCAUCUUGGGCUCGGAUCCUGCUAUUGCUGGAGUGGGUGCCGCCAGCUCAGACAGAUCUCUACGUCCUCUGAUGCUGUCCGGUCAGACUCCUCAGCCCUCGGGAUUAGCUGGACAGUCGUCUCUGCUGCUGAACUACCAACAACAGCAGCGUGUCAUGCAUAGAGGGCCGGCUCCUCUUUCACAGAUAAAUUCUCACAGUAUUUGGGAGAACAGUAUGGGCUUCAGUCCUGUUAGUUCUGGACUACUCACUCAAAAAGAGGACAAAACACUUAUGUCCAUUAUCAAAGAGGUUGGGCUUCCGAAUCGGCCUCCAGCACUGAGCAGAGAAGAAGGGCGAGAUUUAUCUGAAAGGGUUCCACCUCCUCGCUCCAGCUCACCUGUGAUUGGAAGUCCACCUGUAAGAGCUGUACCUAUUGGAACACCUCCAAAACAGCCCAUGAGUCAUGUCCACAAUCAGCAGAAUAAUCACCCUCCAGCCAUUCAUGUGAGAGCCUCUAUGCCAAUGCGCUAUCCACCUCCCUUCGGUGAACGUCUGUCCCCCAACAACCUCCGGAGCAUCGCUAGCUCACAGUUGACCCAUCCUCCAUUCCCUGCUGGUGUUGGUCCUGUUCUGUCUCAGAUACAGAGAGCCCAACUUCUCAACUCUCAGUUCCAACGUGGUCCAGCUCCCACAUUAUUACAGGGAGGUGUCGGGGGUUUCAGGCCAUUCUUUGGGCAGUCUGGCCCUAGGUUGGGUCCCCAUGGGCCACCUCUCGGACACGUACCCAUCCGUCACAACACCACCCACCUCCACCCACAGCACCGCAGGAUGCUCAACCAGAGGAUGCAGAACAGAGGCUUGGGUGAUCACGUCGGCGGGAGAGGUGUUGGAGACAGGAGAAAUAGAGAUCCUUACAGCAAUCUGAUGACACAAAGAGAGAAGGAAUGGGUAGCAAGAAUCCAAAUGAUGCAGCUGCAAAGCACUGAUCCAUAUCUGGAUGACUACUAUUACCAGAAUUAUUAUGAGAAGAUGGAGAAGCGUCAGGAGCGGGACCGAGACACCAGGAAGGAGCACACCACCAAACUCAUCACUCCUCAGGUGGCUAAACUGGAGCACACCUAUCGGCCAGUGCAGUUUGCCGGCUCAUUAGGAAAACUCACUGUCUCCAGUGUGAACAAUCCAAGGAAAAUGAUUGAUGCUGUGGUGACCACUCGCACUGAUGAUGAGGAAAAAAGAGAAAAGCAAGUGUGGAACAAAAGACGGCAAAUCCUUUACACUGUGGAGAAGAUGUACAGUCUAUUAUUAGAAGUGCAAGACUUUGAGAAGACGUUCUUGCAGACCCCUGAGCACCAAAGAGAUGUCCUGCUAGAACAGCAUAAAACCCACACGGUGCAGCUCUACAACUCCCUCCGAGAAAAAGAGUGGGACGACCGAGUGAGCGAUGAGCAGUGCUUGAUGAUCAUGUCUGUGCGAAAGGGGAAACGCCUCAUCUCCAGACUCCUCCCCUUCCUGCCACAGCCCCACGCUGCUGCUGUUGUCAUGGGAAUAGCCAGGAACCUUCCAGCCCUGGCCAAGAAAGACAAACAAGACCAGGUACUGUGUUGGUUGGUAGAGCCAGUGACGGCAGUAAUCCAGUCCUUGUCGAGUACCUCCCUCACCGAUCUCCUCCAGGAGCUGCAGGGCAGGGAAGGACAGCUACCCCUUGUGCUGCAAAAUAAGUUUGGAGUGACGUUGCUCUAUCUGAUUCUGAGUGAAGGAGAGAGGAUGCAGAGCUCCGAUCCCAACUGUCAACUCAUGGAUGAUAACCGCUGGACUGAAUUGGUGUUCUCUGUGACGCGGGAGCUUUUGAAGGUCCCGUCCUCUGCACUCUCAACACCGCUGUUCACUCCCCCAAACCUAGUGUCACUGUUCUCUCGAUAUGUGGACCGGCAGAGACUCGAGCUCUUGCAGGAGAAGCUACAGAUCACAGCCCUGACCAGGUAGAAGUGACUUCAAACGUGGCUGUUGUUGAGAGACUGACUGUUAAUGUAUUUGUGAAUGAGCAGAUGUAUGUGAUUUGUUGGAGGGUGUGGCCAGUUCACUUUUCCUUUAUUGUUAUAAGUCACAAUAGCUAAGAAUAAUGUUUAAAUGGUAAUAAACUGUUGUCCAUAGGUUUGUCAAUAAAGGCGAUCAGGUUUAUGUAUUUUAGCUUCCAUUAGGUCAGCUCUGAACAGAAGAGGCAGGAAAGGGACCGCAGCGUGUGGCUGUGAAAUGGCUCAAUCAUGACAAACAUUCGACCUUAUUUAUAGACGCACAGAUUUGAGGAUAAUUGUGCUGUACAUUAAUAUCUUAAUUUUUCUUAUACACUGCAGCUUGAUGUAUGUUUGCAAAAGAGUGACUGUGCAAGUGUGUCUGUGAGCUUAAAUGAAAGUUUAAACAAAGGUAUUCUUCAUUUUUAAAUAUCUUGACAUGAUGGCUGUGAUGAACAUGAAAUUAAAACUUUCUAUUAUACAAA